AUGGAUAUUUCCAAGGAAAAGGAGAAGAUGUACGUAGUUAUUCAAAGAAAACACGUCGAUUUUAAGCAAAUGGAGAUGGUAUGCGAGAGAGCGGGGGAUAAGGAAGAAAGUCAGAAAAGAAAGAAUUACAAGUAUGAUAAGAAGACGACGAGGGUCUACAAAACUUCGUCGAAGAAGAUUAAAUGCCCGUUCAGGAUUGUGUUCAAAAGGCAUCAUGAAACUGAUCUAUGGAGAUUGUAUAGUAUUCCGGAUAGUCGUCACAACCAUCCUCCACCUAAAAGUCUCUUGGGACACCCAGCAUAUGCCCGAUUGAAACCACAUCAAAUGGAAAAGGUCCGUCAGAUGAAGGGAUUUAGGCCCUUUAAGAUCCUAAAUGCAAUAAGGGAGGAAUAUAAGACAAACGCGUCUACUAUUUCCACAAUCUACGCUGCCAAAGCAACGAUUAAGAGAACCGAAUCGGAUGGUAGAUUAGUUAUGCAACAAUCAGAGUGGUUGGCAGAAAAAUUAAACUACGCCAUGCAAACAAGGGUGGGUCCGGGCAACAAAGUAACUCAUAUUUUUCUUGCCCAUCCUAGGAUGGUGGAUUUGGCUCAAUUCUUUUACCAGGUCUUGCUCAUAGAUUGUACUUAUAAUACCAACAGGUAUAACAUGCCGAUGUUGAAUGUGGUUAGUCAUACUUCGGAUAAGCAAUCAUUUACCGUGGCAUGGUGCUUCAUGGAAAAAGAAGAAAUAGAGGACUAUGUUUGGGCAUUGUAA